AUGUCGUUUCAUCAUGUUCAACUUUCGGCUGCUGUUGUCAUCAUCGUAACAUUGUGUUCAUUGUCGGUCAUUAAUGCCCUCUCUCUAAAAACCUCUUCCAUCACUACCACGACUACUACUUCAUCGAGCAACAAACAAAUUCUUUACUGGAUGGGUCUCGAACGUACUCAUGAAAACAUCACUCAAGAUCUCAACUCUCUGUUACAGAGAUCCUCUCAAGGUCAGCUCACUCAAAUUAGUUAUGAAGCUUAUAACUUGGGACCUGCUUCAUCCUUUGUAGAUAAUCAUUUCUAUAAUGUUUUACCAAUUUUAAAAUCUUCAAAUCAAUUGAAAGAACUCUAUCCCAUGAUCACCACUGUGAACAUUCCCUACUUGACAGACUUGUUGAGUAAUGAGACAAGUAUGGAUAAAUUCAUAAAACAAGCGAUUCAAAAUGAAAAAUUAAUUCAAGCCACAGGAUAUAAUAUUGAUUUUGAACCAGAUCGAAAUGAUGCUUCGACACGCUUAGCUCCUUCUUUUGCAGUGUUUUUGAAUCGAUUUGCAGAUGCUUUACAUGCCAUUGGAAGAAAAUUAACAGUUUGUGUGGCAAGUUGGAGUUACUUUUGGGACAUUAAAUUAAUUGCACAAACUCGAGUCGAUCGAGUAAUUACCAUGGAUACCUAUGCAGUGAAACAAGACGAGUUCAAUAGUGCAUUUCAAAGAGCACUUUCGUAUAUUCCAGUAAGCAAGUUGGGAUUGGGAUUGAUGUAUGAUGCGAGAGUGGACGUUCAGGAGUUGAGGAGACGAAUUGAUAUGAUUUUGAAAGCAGGAAUUACUGAGAUUGAUGUUUGGCAAUAUCAAGGAACAAGUGACAUGUGGUUUUCAGAGUUGCAACAAGGUUUCUUAUUACAAUAA